AUGGUGGGCGAUUUCAACUCCAGAGUAGGGAAAGCUUCCAGUAGAGGACAGGCGAUCGGGCAGCACGGAGAAGACAAAGUGAAUGACAACGGAGUGAGGAUGCUUGAAUUCUUGGGAAGCAACGAACUGAUGGUGUUGAACGGUAGGAGGGAAUGCGAUAAGCCGGAGAUCACCAGGCAACGGGCAGUUUGCAACGAAUACUCAAUCCUCGACUACAUCCUGGUAGAUAGGGGGAGCAAACAGAUCCCAGAGCUGCACAGCGUUUCGGAGACGUUCGACAUUGAGCAGGGUGUCCCACAAGGUUGCACGCUGUCCCCAACAUUGUUCCAGGUGUUCAUCAACGAUCUGUUGGAAGUCGUAGAGGCAGCCGGGAAGGGAGUAAAAGUAGGGGACACGAAAACGUCGGUUUCAGGAAUGCUGUUUGCGGAUCAUUUUGUCGGUAUGUCGGACACCCCUGAGGGACUGCAACUGCAAAUUGACGCGGCGAAGAAGUUUACUGAUAAGUGGAGAUUGUCUGCCAACGUUAAGAAGAGUGCCGUCAUGGUAUGCAACGAGAACAAGGAGGAACCAGUAGAACAUCGGUGGAAGUGGGGGAUCGAGGAGAUUGCAACACGGGAUGAAUUUCAGAAGGGACUGGCUGGUAGUGUAGAACCCUUCAGGAAACUGCUGAGAAGCGUCGAAGACGGACAGGUAGACGUACAAGCAGCAGGGGACAGGGUGAUUGAAGGGUGGGAGUCCAUCGUGAACGCAACGGCAGAGAGAGUAGUGGGAAAGAAGGUGGUACGAUGUGGGGUAUCGGUUAAGUGGUGGGAUGACGAGCUGAAAGAAGAAAUAGGGGAACGUAGAGAAGUCUUCAAGCAGUACCUGAGUGAGGCGUCUGAGGAGAGUUGGGAAAAGUACAGGGCCAAGAGAAAACAGGUGAAGGGACUAGUGAAAAAGAAGAAAAAGUGUAUUUGGGACGAAGUAGUGCAGAAGGCCAACGGAGGCCUGGAGGGAAACGUCAAGCAGAUGUGGGAAGGGAUUAGUGGAAUGGUGAAAAAGACCGCGCAAGGGGGGGACACAGGGGCAGCAAAUUUGCGAGGUAGAAAGAGGGCGGGAAAGCCGACGUACUGCUUCUUCCUGGACGUGAAAAAGGCAUACGGCACCGUAUGGAGAAAUGGGCUGUGGAAACAACUGUCCAAAUACGGGGUCAAGGGGAAAACGUGGAGAGUGCUGAAGAAGAUGACAGAGUGGAAGAUGCACCCAACACUCGCAGACCGGCACCUCGAUACACGCAUCAAAUUGACGGUUUUGAAGAGCGUAAUCGUACCGCCGCUAGAGUACGCCGGAGAAGUAUGGGAAGGAAAUAAGAAGGUAGUGAAAGAACUCGAGGCGGCGCAGAUGAAAGCAGCGAAAACCAUCCUAGGAUGCUCCAGGCGCACAAGUAAUGCAGCCGUGAGGGCAGAAUUGGGGAUCCAAUCCCUACGGUCGGGAAGAGACGCGAGGAAGCUGACAUGGCAGUAUCGCAUGUGCGGGAUGGGAGAGGAGAGGUUGCCGAGAAUUGUAUGGGAGGCGAAGUGGGCAAACAAAAAGAGGGGUAGACAACCCACGGAAUGGGUCAAGGUUGUAGAGGACGUAUGGAAGGGGCUCGACAUCGACGAAGAUGAAACGCUGGAAACGGAGGGUCUAAAGGGGUUCAAGGAGAAGAUAUCUGCUGCUUGUACCGAGAGAGAACAAAAUCUGAAGAAAGAAACCAAGGAUAAGGGGGGUCUAGAUGUGUACGGAAUGUUGAAGGAAGGAAUAGGG